CAUUCGAAAUGCUAACUAGCAACUAGCGAAAAUCAGGGCAAAACUGUUCAAAAGCUGUUUAGCUCUGUUGCGAGUAACUAAUACACCCAUUCGACGGUAUCGCAAUUAUUUUGCUAACGUGUACGGCUGCCCGGCAUCAUGGAAAACUUGCUCCGAGGAUCCUCCAGCUUCGGCGAAGCGGCUAUGCUUUUUGCCGACGAAAAAAUUGUUAGCGCCAGGAGUAAGAUUGUAGAAGCGUUGAACGAAGCGCAGACGGCAACACCGGCAAGAAAGUGCGAGCUUAUUGCAAAGGUGCAGGAGUUGCUAUUGCACACCGAUGUCGAGUUGCUGAACGAGUUUCUGGAGAAUAUACUAGUGUUUGGGCACGAUCCAAACCAGGACGUUCGGAAGAACAUUGCCGGGUUCAUAGAGGAAAUGUGCAAGAAACACAUUGCCAUGCUUCCGAAAGUGAUCGGGGAGCUGUUUUCGUUGCUGCGUGAUCGUUCCCCGAACGUGACGAAGCGGGUGAUCCAAGGCUGUGGUUCCAUCUACCGGCUGGCAAUACAGUGGAUUUGUUCGCUGGAUGAAAUCCCGGAAGAGGUCGAACAGGCGUGGAACACGAUGUGCCUGUUGAAGGCUUCCAUCCUCGAUAUGAUCGAUAACGAUAACGAUGGCAUUCGGACGAACGCGAUCAAGUUCCUGGAGGGUGUGGUGAUCCUGCAAACGUACCCCGACGAGGACAGCAUGAAACGGGAAAAUGACUUUUCCCUCGAAGACGUGCCGCUUACGAUGAAGUUGAUACGUCGGCGUAAGCUGGAGGACGAAGCGACAAACAUCUUCGAGCUGUUGCUGCAAUUUCACGGAGCGUCCCAUAUUUCGUCAGUGAAUUUGAUUGCCUGCACGGGCACACUGUGUAUCAUUGCGAAGCUGCGCCCAUCGACCAUGACGCGAGUGAUCGAGGCGCUGAAGUAUCUGCACUCGAAUCUCCCACCGACGCUCACCAAUUCGCAGGUCAGCUCGGUGCGGAAGAACUUGAAAAUGCAGUUCCUCAACCUGCUCAAGCAUCCGGCCAGCUACGAGCAUCAGGCGACCAUUGCCCAGAUCCUACUCGAUCUAGGCGCUUCCAAUGGGGAAAUCACCCGUGCCAUUCCAAAGAUGGAUAAACGGGAACAGCAGCGACGCGCGAAACGGGCCCUCGAAAAUUCGAUGGCCCAGCAGCAGGCCGCAAAGCGUGCGAAACUCGACGAGCAAUCAAGGAAAGAAAAGGACAGCCUUUCGGCAUCUGGUUCGUUGGAGGGUCGCGAGCAGGCCGCGCCGACGAUGGAAAUUGACUAUGACGAGUUGAAUGAACAGAAGCUCCGUUCGAACAAGCAGAACGAACAGUAUCUGUUGGAUGUGCUGCAAAAGGUAGAUCUCGUCGCCCAGCUGGUCCUUGCUAACAUGGACAAAAUGUCGGAGCAGACGAUACAAAACUCCAAGCCCACGGUAGUCCUCUCGGUCGAGCAGUACGUACAGCAGAUCGCCCAAACUCUGGCCGUUCAGAUGAGCGAGGUAAAGGUUGGUCCGGGCGCGACCUGCUUCACGAAGGAUCCCCCGAUGAAGGUACGGAGUAUGGAAGACGAGGAGAAGCAAGGCAGCAAGCGUCAAACGGCGGUGGAUGCUUCCGGUGAACUUGGUUCUUCGACCCCCACCACCGACCAGCCGGAUGACGAGCAAAUGGAAACGGGUGUCGACGGGGAAGAGGACGAUGAAGCACUUUCCGAAGAGGAUCGCCAAAAGCUGGAAGCGACAAGAAAGCUCCGUGAAACGUUGGAACGAGUCAAGGGGGGUACGGGACCCGGUGGAGAACCGAAGGUGCGGCAGCGAAUUAAGAUGCCCAAGCUGUCGGAAAUCACCAAACCGCUUCCAAAGGCAACGAAAGAAACGUUCCUUGUCGAUGCGGUCGUAAGGAUACUGAAAGCGGAGCGUCAAGCCCUUGUAGGUGGUGUUAGUAUGCAACGGAACCGCAUCAUAACAGCGUUCGGGUCGUCGUUCGUGAAUCCCGUGCGAGACAUCAUCCUGGAGCACAUCUUAGAGGACUUGCCGAAGCGCAUAGAUCUGGCGUUUUCGUGGAUUUUCGAAGAAUACGGACUCAUGCAGGGGUUCGCUCGGUACACGCACGUUAAGCACGACAAAGGGCCCCAGUAUCCGUACACGCAGCUGCUGUUGCGUCUGGUGACGAGCGUCAUCGAACGCCCGAGCGAUACGUUCCGUCAGAAGGAAUCCCUAUUGAAACGGCUCUACCUAGAAGCACCGCACCUUCCGCAAGAAUUAAUCGACGAGCUGGUCCGCAUGUGCGAGCUGGAAGAGCUGGCUGACUGUGGCAUGCAGAUAGCGAAGGAUCUGCUCAUCCGUCGGCCACCCAAGGAACGCCAGUUUCUGGAUAUUCUGCUCAGAUACGCGUACUGUGAGAACAUACCAAUCCGCGAGAAAGCGAUCGAGUAUGUCAUGAGUGUGUUCGCCGUCCAUCGUAUCAUGACGGAUCCGAUCCUCACGGUGGCCCAGAAGUGGCUGGGCUACCUGGAGGAGGAAAACCCCUCGGAAGCGAUUUUCUCCGCCGAGUAUGGUAGGGCGGAACAUCCGCGUACCUGGAACGAAGAGCUGACCAAGGUGUGCCUCGGCCUGUUCCUCGAGGUGAUGGUGUACGAUCAGACGCUGCUGACCCGCUUCUCGGAGGUUUACAUCAAGGCGUCCUCGGAAAUGAAGCGUGCCGUGAUUCGCGCGAUCGAGGGCCCGAUUCGAAAGAUUGGUCCGGAGAGCGAGGAACUGCUCCGGCUGAUCGAACAGUGCCCGAACGGUUCGGAGACGAUCAUCAUAAGAAUCAUCUACAUACUUACGGAGAAAACCAUUCCCUCGCCGGAUCUUGUGGAACGUGUGCGUACCCUUCACCAGACGAAGGUUUCCGAUGUUCGGUUACUCAUUCCCGUCAUCAACGGGCUGACGAAGAAGGAAAUUCUUAACGCGCUGCCAAAGCUGAUCAAAUUGAACCCUGGCGUGGUGAAGGAAGUGUUCAACCGGUUACUUGGUAUCGGCGGUGAGUACGGUAGUGCCGAGUUGCCACUGACACCGGUAGAACUGCUCGUCGCACUGCACACGAUCGAGACGACCAAGGUGGAGCUAAAGUUUAUCGUGAAGGCGUGCUCACUCUGUCUGGCCGAAAAGGAAGUGUACACGCACGACGUGCUUGGCAGUGUGAUGCAACAGUUGGUCGAAAUGACCCCGCUCCCGACGCUGCUUAUGCGUACGGUCAUUCAAUCGCUCACGCUGCACCCCCGACUGUCCGGCUUCGUGACAAACCUACUGCAACGGCUCAUACUAAAGCAGGUCUGGAAGCAGAAGGUGGUUUGGGAUGGGUUCCUCAAGUGUGCGCAACGGCUGACGCCACAGAGUCUCGGCAUCCUGAUACAGCUCCCAGCCCCGCAGCUGCAGGACGCGCUGAAAAACUGUCCCGAGUUCCGGGAACCGAUGCUGGAGCACGCGCGAGAAAUUAUGGAGCAUCAGAUCGGGCACGUUUCGCAGCCAGUCAUGGAUGUGCUGUUGGGCAUUUCGCCGUACUCCGCGACCGAAUCGGCAGAAUUACAAAUUGUUGGCAACUACAGUGAAGACGCACCGAUGUCCUCCCAUCUUCCAGUGAAAAUUAAGCAGGAAAAGGACCUUGAAAAACCAACCACCGCCACAACGGCAGCGCCUGCUGGGAAUGAAUAAUCUGUACCCCUUAGCGUCAUCUGGUAGAAACGCCUACUGUGUCGCGAUUGAUCGCUUGUGUUAAUAAAUGAUCGUUGAAUCACUGAUACCAGACUGUAUA